AUGCAUGCGGACUACAACAUGAAAGAUGAUAAAGGAAAUACAUCAAUUUUUUAUUGCAUCAAGAAUGCAAACAUUGAAUUAGUUCAUCAUCAUUUUCAAUACUCUAUUAAUUUACUAGAAGAAAACAACGAUGGAACAUUUCCACUUGAUAUUGCACUCAAAUCAAGUAACAUUGAACUUAAAGAACUCGUUUGUAAAUACUAUUUCAAAUUCAAAGCAAAUUUCCUUGAUGACAGAGUCAAAAUGAGAUUGAACACAUAUUUUUUAAGAGAAAGCGAUACAAUCAAAGCUGAAAUUAUAAGAAUGUCAUUGAAAUAUGAAUCUCACCAGUUUGCAAAAUACUUUUUAGAAAUGGUCGAAGAUAAAUUUAUUGAUAAAUACAAUUUAAUGGCAAUUGCCUAUUCAGAAAUUGUUACUCCAAAUGUUUUUUCUCCAUGUAAAUAUAGUUUGAUGCUAAAUAUGGUGUAUAAGAGAUCCACUGAUAAAUCAAAAUUAGUUGAAUUGGUAAUUAAAAGGAAAGACGUUGAAUUUUUCGAAUUAAUUGCAUCACAGCAACUCGGAAGAAGUAUGAAUUUUCCAUUGAGCGAUGGAAGAACACCAAAAGAAGUCUUAAUUGAACUUGCGCCCACAGACAAACGCUAUCAAGAAAUGCUUGAUUAUAUAACAAAAAUUUAUAAAGUUAGAAUACCAAAUUGGGGAUUAUUAGCUCCUAAUGUUCAGAACAUGUAUUUCAAAAUAUUGUCUCUUCAUAAAUUUAGAAACAUUCCCAAAGAAAAAUUAUUAGUUUAUCAAUUUUUUCAAUCCAUAUUUUUGUCUAAUAAGGCAAGAGUUCUAGAAUUUAUUGAAAAUGGCAUGGACGUUAACGUAGUUAUGGAUGGAAUUCAUCCAUUAAUGAUGUGCAAUAAUGUAUUCAUGGCAAGUUUUCUAAUUGAGCAGGGAUCAAAAUUGGAUUAUAAGAUUUGUUUAAACAUCAAUCCCGCUGAAUUUAGACAAAUUAAUGCCUUUUAUGAUGCUAAAUUUUAUAAUUCAGAUAUUAUGUAUCAUACUUGGUACUGUCCAAUUCAUGCAAUUGUUUUUACUGGAAGAUUAGAAGUAUUGGAGUAUUGUGUUUCAACAGGUAUUAACCUCAAAUUAUUAGAUUCUCAAGAAAAUUCAUUAAUGCACUAUGCUGUAAGUAUAUCAGAUGAAGUUGACCCAAAUGCAAGCAAAGCAAGAUACCUUUAUAAAAAGAAAGUAAGUAUUAAAUCCAAAAAUCUUGAUGGAUAUCAGCCAAUUCAUUAUGCUGUGACUUGGAAUUACGGAGCUGUAAAAUUCCUGAUUGAAAAAAGAGUUGAUCUUAACGCAAUAGGAGUCGAUAAAAGAAUUCCACUUCAUUUUGCAAUUGCACAUGGCACUCCUGAAAUAGUAAAUCUUUUAAUGAGUAAAAAGAUAAACUAUGAUAUUCAGGAUCAUUUAUUAGAUUAUCCAAUUAACAUGAUAAUGAAUCAAAAAUUCGAUAAUAACAUUAUUAGGAUAAUUGAGGUAUAUGCCAAAUAUGGAGCCUCAUUAGACUAUCCUUCAUUUUCUGAUGGUGGUCCCAUUUUAUUUGACUUUUUGAACAAACAUGAAGUAUUAAAAUGCUUAAUCGAUAAUGGCGCUGACUUAAAUAAUUUAAAUAAAAAUAGAGAUACAGCCCUUGCGGUUUGUUUGAAUAAUAAGAAUUUUGUAGGAGUCAAAAUGCUCUUAGAAGGAGGUGCCGAUAUUAAUGCAAGUAAUCAUGACACAAAAUCAAAUUUAUAUGAAUGUCGAUAUGCAUUAUUAAUGAAAUAUAUUUUAAAAUUUCAUCCAACUCUUUAUCUUGAUGCACCAAAAUAUUAUAUUCAAAUAAGAUUUCUCGAUGUAGCAAAAGAAUUAUUUAAUGUUUAA